AUGCAGACGGCUCAAACAGAGGUGACAAACCACAAUGGAGAAAAUUCAGAACCAGCAAGACUUCUCAUGGACUCAGGAUCCCAGAGAACCUACAUAACAGAAAACUUAGCUGAGAAAUUAAAGUUGAAGAUUCUUACAACAGAGAAGAUAUCCCUCAUAACUUUUGGUGCGGAGAAGCCAAAAAUUGUGAAGACACCCAAAGUUUCUCUGAAAGUGAAACUCAAAGAUAGACAUUUUCUUAGUAUUGAAGCAAAUGUUGUACCAAACAUUACAGGAACAGUACAAAGGAAGCCUAUCCCCAAGGACGUACAAUUGAAAUGCCAAAGUUUGUGGAAAAAUCUUCAGUUAGCAGACACUCUACCGGUGAAUUUUGAAAACUCAACAAUUGACAUUCUGAUAGGUAAUGAUUAUUACCUGGAUUUGAUUUUGCCAGAAAGAAUUGAAAUUCAAAAGGGAUUUUAUUUACUAGCUUCCAGACUUGGGUGGAUUCUCACUGGAAGGACCCAAGAAGCUUACAGUAAAGAGGAGGAGCAAGUGAUGAUGAUAACCAAUGGAACUUUAUCUUUGACAGAGUGUUGCCUCCAUUCUGCAGUGGAUGAGUGCUUGACAUUUAAACCUUCUAUUGAAGAAUUCUGGAAGCUGGAGACUAUUGGGAUUCAAGAUUCUCCCCACACUUCAGAUGAUGAGAAAGCGCUGAAAAAUUUCAACAGCACACUGAAAAUGGAAAACAAAAGAUACCAAGUCACCUGGCCGUGGAAAGAAGAAUAUCCUGAGCUACCAGAAAAUCGGGAACUAGCAUAUGGAAGGCUAAAGUCACUACUUCACAAGUUACAGUGUAACCCUGAUUUACUGCACAAGUAUGAUGACAUUAUUCAGGACCAGUGUAAAAAGGGAAUAAAAGAGAAAAUUCCAUCCCAACAAAGAGAGACAGAUAUUAAGCAUUAUAUACCUCAUCACGCAGUGAUAGAUUUGACCAAACCUACUACAAAGGAGGAAGACCGUGAUGCUACUAGAUUCUUCUGGUUGAAGGAUGCUAACAAGGCUACAGUAGACAGCAAUGUACAAGUGUACAGAUUUUCCAGAGUGCCUUUUGGUGUGAUCUCAAGUCCAUUCUUACUUGCGGCAACUAUUGACCAUCACCUUAGUACAUUACAGGAGUUGAUAACAUUCAAGAAGCAGAAAUUCUAUACAAGGAGGCCAAGGAGAUAUUCAGUAGUAUGUCCAUGA